CCUCGGCUCCAUCAGCUGCUCGAGGAGGGGAAGCUGGAUGUGGCGCUGGAGUUCAGUCUGCGGCCAGCAGCACCAGCUCACCAGCUCACCUGUCCACCAGCUUACCUGUCCACCAGCUUACCUGUCCACCAUGGCGUCCACACAGGGCUCGCGGACGCUCAGCAAGGAUGACGUCAACUACAGGUUACACUUUCGGAUGAUCAAUGAGCAGCAGGUGGAGGACAUCACACUGAACUUCUUCUAUAAACCGCACACUAUCACCCUGCUCACCUUCACCGUCAUCAGUAUAAUGUACUUCGCCUUCACCAGAAACGAUUCAGAUCCUGACAAUAAUCUGCGUGUGGGCAUCGCUCUGGUCGUCUCCUUCUUCCUCAUCAUUAGUGUUCUGGCUUUCCCUAAUGGUCCAUUUACCAGGCCGCACCCAGCUAUAUGGCGCAUGGUUUUCGGUCUCAGUGUCCUCUACUUCCUUUUUUUGGUGUUCCUCAUCUUCCUGAACUGGGACCAGGUGAAGAUCAUCAUGUACUGGCUGGAUCCUGAUCUGAGAUAUGCAACCCGUGAGGCUGAUGUUAUGGAGUAUGCAGUAAACUGUCAUGUGAUCACAUGGGAGCGCAUCCUCAGUCACUUUGACAUUUUUGCGUUUGGACACUUCUGGGGCUGGGGCAUGAAGGCCCUGCUCAUCCGCAGCUAUGGACUCUGCUGGACCAUCAGCAUUACUUGGGAGCUAACAGAGUUGUUCUUCAUGCACCUACUGCCUAACUUUGCUGAAUGCUGGUGGGAUCAGGUCAUUCUUGACAUCCUGCUGUGUAACGGAGGAGGCAUCUGGCUUGGCAUGACAGUGUGUCGUUUUCUGGAGAUGCGCACCUACCACUGGGCCAGUAUCAAGGACAUCCACAGCACUACAGGCAAGCUAAAGCGAGCUGUGCUUCAGUUCACCCCUGCCAGCUGGACCUAUGUGCGCUGGUUUGACCCCAAAUCAUCCUUCCAGAGGGUGGCAGGAAUCUACCUCUUCAUGAUCGUCUGGCAGCUUACAGAACUGAACACCUUCUUCCUGAAGCACAUCUUCGUGUUCCAGGCGUCUCAUCCACUCAGCUGGUGUCGAAUUCUCUUCAUCGGGAUCAUCACCGCCCCCACAGUGCGGCAGUAUUAUGCAUACCUCACAGACACGCAGUGUAAAAGAGUGGGAACACAGUGUUGGGUGUUUGGAGCCAUUGCUUUCCUGGAAGCCCUGGCCUGUGUUAAGUUUGGACAGGACCUGUUCUCUAAAACGCAGGUGGUGUAUGUGAUCCUGUGGCUUUUGUGUGUGGCCUUUAUUACCUCUCUCUGCCUGUAUGGGAUGGUGUGGUACGAGCAGCUGACUUCACCUGUAUUAAAGGAGAGCACCUCUGACUGUGACGACGGAAGCUUCAUUGAUUCAUGUGGUUACAUUCCGGAAACUAUUAAAGCUGAAAGAAACUCUAGCAACCACUCCCAUACGUCCCGGCGGAGGAGAGGAGGAGGAGGCACGAGAAGAGCUAACGGAACCAGCACCAAGCAGUAGCUGUGGCUCAGGGAGAGCAUUCUCCCAAUACACCCAGACGCUCAAGGUGAUAAAACUGUAGAAGAAGGUAAAGAGUUUACAAGGACAGUAAUAAUAAUAUUAAUAACAGGAAGAGAGAGAGAGGAGUGAGAGCAGCCCUUUAAACAGCAAAAGCUGCCUGCACACAGCACUCCUCAGCACAAGCACUAGGUUUAUCAUCAGAGCACUAGUGAAGAAACAAUGCUGAAAGAUAAGCUUUAGGGUUGGAGGCACACUGGGUAUGUUCUGAAUGGCACUCCCUGUACAGAAUAUGGGUACAGCUUAUCAUGCCAGUCGAUCUCAUUCCCUCACAGGAAACGUGUUUUUGAUUAUUGGUCAUUUUAAGGUUCUGUAUGUUUGUAGGCACUUGAUUGAGUUUUUUCUGAAAUCAUAAGUAUUAAUAAGGGAAUGCCUUACACUUUCUCAGAUUGCUGUGAGGAAGACUGUAACCAUUGAUGAUUUCUGGUCCUACAUCGGAUGUUUGCUUUAUACUUGUCUCACUCCAAAAAACACAGUUUUACGGUUUUAUGUCCCAAUAUUGGGAGCUUUAUUAUGUGCCUAAUCAUUGUUUUGUAUUGGUCAUGGUGAUCAUAGACUCAUGUAACUGCUCCAGAGCAUCCUAUUUUUUAAGUUCUGUUCUCUGGAAAUUUUACAAGCUGUCCAUAUAGUUGGGUCCACCUCAGAAUUACUUUGUAGGUGUAAUUCACUAAUUUCUAGGGGUGUCUAGAUACUUUUUAUGUAUACGGUAAAUAGAAGUGUGUUUUUUUUUUUUUUUUUGUUGUUGUUUGGCACUGCUUUUUCUUGGACCACUUCUUUUGGCACCUAUUCAUUUUUGCUUUGUUUCUCUCUAGCACUGUUCCUUAUGGGACAGUUCGGUACACUCUUAUAAAUAAAAAUACUACAAAGGGUUCUUGGAGGACUGCCAUAAAACAGGGGUUCUAAAACUUGUUGCAAUUUGAAGGCCAUUUAACAUACAGGUUGCAGGUUGCAAACCACUGCCAUUUAAGAACCUUGUUUGAAUAACCUGUGUGGAGAACCCUUAAAUUGCUAACAUAAAGUGAAGGUUCUGCAGACCUGUAAUAAUUGUACUAUUUAAUAGAGUCAAAACUGGUAAUUCUAUGGCAUCACUCAAAAAACCCUUUGUAGCAGCUCUAUAUGUAAGAGUAUAUGUAAAUAUGUCCAUUUUACAACAUUUUUGAGUGUAUUUAAAUAUAUUUAAAGAAGCUACAUUCUUACACAAAGUCUUACCAGAAUAUUAAGACCACCUCCUUGUUUCUACCCUUAUUGUCUUAACAGCAUCACUGAUCAUGUGAGAGCACUCUGAUUCAGACUGUAGUCCAUCUCUUUCUCUGUGUAUUGGAAACAAGGCGUGGUCAUAAUAUUCUGAUAUGAGUGUUUACACUCUUUUCUUGUUUCUUCUUUCUGCAAUAGCAAACCCCCUUAUUGCCUGUAUACUUCCCUGUGAGACAUUUUAAUCUGCUUUCUCUUAAAAAUAUAUGGUCUGGAUGUAAAAUAAGAUAAAUAGUUGACAUCAAAAAUCUUGUAAAAUUUAAAAAAAGCUAUUGUACCAAAGACAACUCUGACCACUCUCCUGUUAUGAGGUACAAUUUAGACUGAUGUACAGUUGUAUUAAUUCACCAAAGCUGACGUGGCUUCUUGACCUUCUUACUACACCAAGGGCUUUUUUCUGAUUAUUUGCUGUAAUUUCUUGUACACCCUUAAAAAUAACGGUGCCUUAAAUGGUUCUUUGAGUGAUAGGAUUGAAGAUCUACUUCAGGAUAAAAGCUUGUUUAUAAUAGAGUUAUAAUGUUGUGUGUGUCUAAGUGUGAAGAACCUUUAAAUUGGUCCAGAGUUUCAACAUGAGGUGUAGUUUCUUUAGAUCUAUAGAUGUUCUACACACUCACACAUACAUCUCAACUCAUAACAUGUUUGUGUGGGAUCUGUAUGGGUAGAUCAACUGGGAAUCAGAACGUUUUGUAUACUGUUUCCAUGUUAAACCACAUAUGGAUGUCAGUGGUGGGACCAGAAGGAAUUAAAUAUCAAUCCGAUCUGGGUUGUACACUGCUGAUGGAGCGAUUUGGAACGCCCAACUGGUGUCCAGUAAAAACACAUGCUUAAGCCAACCUGGAACACACCUGGUCUUUUCCUGAUAUUUUCCCUUAUGGAGGAUGAUUUCUUUGUGGCAUCCCUAAAGAACCAGAUGAAGCACCUUUAGAUAUAUACUAAUCGUUCUAUUUUCUAUUUUCCUAUUUUUUUCUUAAAUUAACCUAAAGCUUAUGCAAUAACAUAGACCAGAGGUGUCUAAGUUUAUCCGCAAAAUGCUGCCAAGGUGGCUGGUGUUCAUUCCUGCCAACCUGAGCAUGUGAUCAACUGACUAAACAAAUAGAGUAAGGUGUGUGCCAGUUUGUUUGAGCUGAAACCUCAGAGCCAACAGCAAACCAGUCCAUUACAGUUAUAGUGACAUGCCACAUGUAAUGGGAGAAAAAAUACUAUAGUGUCCUGGACUUUUGCCAUGUCAGUGUUUACCCUUACUUACGAUAGCACCUCGCUGCGUAUACAGGUGUGGGCAUUCCCAAGACAUACCAUGAGGUAACACUUUAUAAUCAGUGUACAUACUGCUAUCCCAUAAUUUCUGGCAUGUCAGUCUAGUACUGGACACUUCUAAUGUAGACGCCUGAUUUUUUUUGUGUUUAUUUGCUGUGGAUUGGAGUCACAUAUGCUCAUUUUCUGUGUUCCAAAGAAAAAAAUUGUUGCAAAUUGUGAACCAUUCCUCCGUAUGUUGCUUUGUGUGUUUGGAAAAAACGCUGCAAACUUUGUUGUUUUCUUGCUUUAAGAGGCCUUAAAGAAGUUCACCUGGACUUCUGUCAGUUUUUGACUAAUAUUUGUAUUUAUCACAGUUUUGUUUCCACAAGUGUGUUUUGUUUUGAGAUUAUCGCUUGUUAUUUCUAAUACUUGAUAAAUGUUAGUAGAUCUAUUGCUACCAAAUGCUAAUUUAAGGUACUGUUUAAUAACUCUUUGUGUACAUAUUUCAAGUCAUGACUUGAGGAGUGUUUUCAGGCCGAUCAUGCCUGCUCUAUAAGGACCAAAAAUAACAGCAGCACCAUUUAAAAGUGUGUUCAUUCUGGUGGUCUAAUGAUUUUGAGAAUUAUUCUCUUAAAUGAGUGACUGCUUACCCCCUCUGGAAACAUAUUGAAUUGAUUCUUUUGUAUCAUUGUAUGUAUUGUUCUCUGUGAGAUUUGACUGAAUAUCUGUUUGAUCUGAAGAUGUCACUGCAGUAUUUCCAGUCAGGCCAUCUCAAAUGUUUUAUUGUGUGAACGACAUUUGAUUUAUCACAGAUUUUAUGUACGAUGUGGACAAAGGGCACCACCAAGUGGAUUUUGACUGAGCUGCAGCUAAUAAUAAUAAAGGUGUUACAA